AUGGCAGAAGAAGACCGAACGCACAAUACUUCAAAUAAUACUUCUCAAGAUCAAGACAAACUUCUAGAAGUUCUCAGAAGGGCACUAAGACGAAAUCACUCGAAAAAGAAUCGCCGCAUACCUCAGACCUUUCUAAGAAAUGGAAACAUUAACCCGAACUUUCUCAGAUCAGAAGAUACACCCUUGACACUUGUAGCACGACAUCCGUCGCAUAUCGACAUACUGGAAAGGCUGAUCGAGAUUGAAGGGCUCGACAUGGACAUUAGGGAUAGCAAAGGACGGACUGCUCUUUCUUACGCCUGCGAGCUGCAUGAGGUCAGAUAUGUCGAAGUCUUGCUGCUCAAUAAAGCGCAUCCAAAUCUGCAGGAUCAAGAGGGUCGCACUCCGUUAUCGUGGGCGGCAACGCCGACCGGCAAAAGAAACAAUUUUUCUGAGGUAAUGGAACUGCUCCUGAAAUAUGGAGCAGAUGCCAAUAAAGAGGACCUUCAAGGAUGGAUCCCACUGAUGUGGGCAGUCUCCAAAGGAUCCGACGUUAUCGUUGCAGACUUAUUAUCUUCCAACCCAGGAAAUGUUAACCACCAAGAUACGCAAGGUCGUACGCCACUUUCCUUAGCCGCAGAAUUGGAACACCAAACAAUCCUCGGACUCACUGAGAUCACAGGGCUUCUUUUAGAAUUCGAGGCUGACGUAAAUGCCGAGGAUGAGGACGGCUAUACUCCUCUAGGAUUGGCAGUUAUCGAAGGCCAAAAAGCAAUAGUGGGCUUACUAAUUUCCUCCGGCGCUGACUUGGAAUACAAGUAUCAAAAACACGACUGCUGCACGGCACUGCUACUUGCUACGAAACAUCAUGAACAGUUCGCUGUGGUUGAUGAGCUACUCCAACAAAACGCUGAAGUCAAUUGUACAGACGUGCAUGGUUGUACACCACUAGCAUUGGCAGCCAAGCAGGGGUUUUAUAAAAUAGUGAAAAAAUUGUCGGCCCACAGAGACAUAAAUAUAGACACCAAGGAUUUAAACGAACGAACACCUCUAUCUCUAGCAGCGGGGUCUGGCCGGCUCCAGAUCGUGCAAUAUCUGAUACAACAGCAAGCCGAUAUUAACUCCAAAGAUCGGGAAGGGCAGACCCCGCUGGCGUGGGCAAUCAGACAAUCAAAGGACAGCACAGUGGUCGAAGAACUACUUAACAAUAAGACAAUUGAUCUUGAACAUCAGGACGUGAAUGAUGACUCACCGCUCUUUCUUGCCGCAAAGUCUAAUAACAGCUUGAUGCAUAUUUUAAUGAAAGCGGGUGCGAAUGCAAUGCGAAUAGUCAACGGUCAUUCAUGUUUCUGGUGGCUUGUCAAGGCCAGAUUUGAGGUGAAGAACAAGCCAGAAAGCUCUGUGCCUAGUCGACAACUCAAUUCUUUCCAGAUGCUCGAAAUUAUUCCCUACCACUCUGAUCCUGACCUUCAAGAGAACAAUAGGACCUUGUUGUCAUGGUCAGCGGAGUAUGGUGACCAUGCGAUGGUUCAGGCGCUUCUCGAACACGGUGCCAAUCCUGAUAUUCGGGAUGGACCACCAAUAAACGCCCAAAUACAGUCUAUUGAAGCAAAGCGAAUAGACGCUAGCUCAAACUUUUCUAAAACACCACUUAUAUGGGCACUGAUCAAUGGUCAUCUUGCUGUGGUGGACAUGCUGAAAGAAAAGGACUCUUUUUCGUUACACCUGCUCAUCAAAGAAAGAGAGCUUCUGGGUGAUCAAGAAGCUUCGAAGCUGGUUUGUAAACUUCUCAAAACAGGAUAUGACAUCAACAAGCUCGAUUCCGAAGGCAGAUGUACACUUCAUUUGCUGAGCAAUGUGCAGGAUACAAAAUUUGCUAAAGCCCUAUUGGAUGCGAAGGAUGUGGAAUUUUCCUUGAAUCUACAAGACAAUGCCCGAAAAACACCUCUCUAUUACGCUUUAAAAGAAAAGAACGAGGCAUUUGUUCGGAUGUUACUCGAGAAAGGAGCCGAUACAAGCAAUAUCUCUGCCGAAGCUUGGUUUCAUCUCAGUAACGAGGCCAUACGAUGGAUCGAAUUCACACAGCAAGAUAGUGGUUCCAUAUCUUUGUUGUGGGAGCGAAUGGCGUCGAUCGAUCGAAGGAAUCAAAAACCAAACUUUGGUAAGAAGCGCACACUGCUUGAUGUUCUCGCUGACGUUUCAAGUCAUUCAAAACAGUCUUUGUCAUUUGAGCCUUCAGAAUCUCACAUCUCGCGGCGUGACCAACUUUUGAGACAGGGCCGAGGUCAAAAGAUAAUCCAGAUUCUUGCUCAGAAUGGAGUGAAACGUGCCGAGCUGCAAAGGGCUUUACGCCAACAUGUUGAGGGUCUCCGACAAGCAAUCGACGAAGACACAACUAUUUUUCCCGAACAGAAAGGACGAUUACAGGCACAGGUCAAUGAAUUUGACAAGUCGGUCAAUGCCAAGGUGUUUGAGAUUGAACGAGCGGUUCGAGAGCUUUUGCAGAUUGUGCGCAUCUUUUCAAUUUGUUUGACUGCCUCUAACUUUUCCAAAGGAAUUUGCCUGGAUCUCAAUCAGCGAGGCAGCUAG